AUGGUUAAUAAGGUGCACUCUCACCUAAAGUACCUUGUAGAUAACCACACUAGUGUUUGGGCCUGUGCAAGUUUUCAAGAAGUGUGGCCUUCUCCAAGCAACUUGAAAAUGUUUGAAAGAGCUGCAGAAAAGGGUAACUUUGAAGCUGCUGUGAAGCUUGGCAUUGCCUACCUCUACAACGAAGGCUUAUCCGUCUCCGAUGAGGGUCGUGCAGAAGUGAAUGGGUUAAAAGCAUCUCGCUUCUUCAGCCUGACGGAGCGUCUGAACGUCUCAGCGGCCCCCUUUGUCUGGCUUUUCAUUCGCCCCCCUUGGUCCCUCAGUGGAAGCUGCUGCAAAGCUGUGGUCUACGAGAGCCUAAAAGCAGAGUGCCGGCUGCAGAAAGAACAGAGGGGAUCUAUUCUCUACUGCCUGGCUAAGGUUCUAAAUCUCUUUGAGGAGGAGGAGAAAAGAAAAGAAGCUUUUGAAAUGUUUGAGGACUCUUCAAAGCACGGUUGCCUGCACAGCUCCUACCUCCUCUGGGAAAAUAACAGAAAAGCUGCUAUGUCUGAUCCUGGUCGAUAUCUCCAGAGCCUCAGGAAACUUAGGGAUUAUGCAGCCAAGGGCUCUUGGGAAGCUCAGAUUGCCCUAGCAAAAGCUUGUGGAAAUGGAAACCAGCUAGGACUGGAGACGAAAGCCUCCAACGAGAUGGUCUCUCAGCUGUUCCAGGCCUCCCUCCCGCUUAACAAGCAGAGCAUCUUCACCGUUCAGAAAGGAAUGAAUGAGACAAUGCGAUACAUCCUGAUUGACUGGCUGGUAGAGGUGGCCACCAUGAAGGAUUUCUCCAGCCUUUGUCUCCAUAUGACUGUCGGAUGUGUGGAUCGGUACUUAAAAAUAAGACCUGUACCCAGGGCUCGUCUUCAGCUUUUGGGAAUUGCGUGCAUGGUUAUUUGUACACGUUUUAUCAGCAAAGAUAUCUUGACAAUACGGGAAGCAGUGUGGCUAACAGACAACACAUACAAGUAUGAAGACCUUGUCAGGAUGAUGGGAGAGAUUAUCUCGGCCCUUGAAGGCAAAAUAAGGAUUCCUACUAUUGUGGACUACAAGGAAGUGCUACUGAAGAUAUCCUCACUGGAGAGGAGAACCGUUUACUUUUAUAGCUUUAUUUGUGAACUCUCCCUCUUGAACACAGGCCUUUGCGUGUACUCUCCUGCCCUUUUGGCUGCAGCAGCUUUGUUGCUGGCAAAAGUAUUGCACCAACAAGCUCAUCCUUGGACUAGCCAGUUAACGGAAAGCACCGGAUUUUCUCUUGAAGAUCUGAUACCUUGUGCACUGAAUCUCUACAAGAAAUGGCAGCCACCCACUCACCAGCAGAAUCUGCUUCUCUGCUCAGGUGGAUCACUCGGUCACUGGCAGCAGCGCGGUGUCAUGAGUUACAGCCAGCUCUGCUCACUGCUAGGCGUGAAAGAGGACCAUCCAGAGCCUGACUCUUUAUACAUGAACACGGUGGAAACAUUCCUUACUUCUCCAUCAGGAAAAAGAACUAAAAGGAGAAGAGAAGACAGUAUUCAGGAAGACAGAGGCAGCUUCGUCACCACCCCGACAGCCGAGCUGUCCAACCAAGAGGAGAGUCUCCUGGAUAACUUCCUGGACUGGAGCUUAGAUUCCUGCUCCGGUUACGAAGGAGAUCAAGAAAGUGAAGGCGAGAAGGAAGGAGACGUUACAGCUCCAAGCGGAGUUCUGGAUGCAACUGUGAUGUGUAUGGGCCCUGAAGCACAUGAUGGCUGCUGCUGCCAAGGAUCCAGUGAUGAGGAGAGCCCUCCCCAAGAGGCGUCUACGUGUGACUCAAAGAAUUACAACCAGCCUGGUGGCGAGAGAAGGUGGCUCAUCCAAGAAUCUACCACUGACGCCAGCUCUGGAUAUUCCUCUAUCAACAGCGCCAGCCCUACCUCUGUCACAGACUGCAAUUUUGGUGCAUCUCUUAAAGCUACCUCAGUACAACCUCUGGGCCCUGUGAUGAACAAAGGUCCAUCGUUGCCUCUUUACUCCUGUUUACACUCCACUCGAUCUGGCAGAAGGCAAGCGAAACGGAAAAAUGUGGCAGAAUACAAGGAAGAGGACAGGAUGAAUUUGGGCUUCUUAAGCCUCUGAUACCCUGGUGCUGUUUACUUUUUAAUAUCAAGCCUGACAGCAGGUGCAAACGUGGGAGGCUUGCUGAACCUCCUGGUGCAGUCCUGUCCAUGGUUCUAAGUUGUACUUCCCAUGGUUGCUUAUGGGAUGUGUAGCUCUGCUCUCCUCUAAUGUUUACCUUACAGCUUCCCCAUGGUCUUCUCCCUCUAUCUAACGCUGAGAUGACAUUUUGUGUGGGUGGAUCAAGUAUUAAAACGGUAGUGGAUGAUCUUUUGCUCACCUGAACCCUGAAAAUAUUUCCUCUCGUGGCAGAAGCAGGGAGUGAUUUGCUGUUUAAAUGUAACAUUGCAUCCUGUUUUUU